AUGGAAAACUCAGAUUCAAAUUGGAAUCACCAAAUCAAAGCUUACAAGUUCCUAAUGGAAUUCUACACAUUUAGACAUGGGGAUUAUGACGAUUGCGUACCUUCGAAGUGUUCGACGCGGUGGUUUGACGACGAUGUUCUCCAGAAUCAUUUUUGUGCUUGUGAUACCAAAAUCUGUGGUUUUGAAUUCAUUUCCAUUUCCGAAUCGACAAUAUUUGAACAUGUUCCUUGA